AGGCUCGCAAGCCAGCAAUUGAGACCUUGCAUCUCCCCAAACAUUGUACAAAUCUGAAGUUUUCCUGUGUCGCAGGCGACCAUCUUUAGAUCACGGCGCGAUUCUCGACCCAGAUCUAGAAGCUCGAGCAUCCAAGGACCUCGCAUGAGGCACGAUGCCUGCAGCAACGGCUGAUACUCCAGCGGUCGCGCUGUCCUGUGGGGGCCCCAUCUCAAUUGAAAUACCCAAGGACUCAUUUUGACUGACCAGCAUCACAGUUGCCAAUAACUUCUGGGGCAAGGAAGAUGCAGGAGUCGGUCCUCUCCUGGAUCGCAUGCAAGGCGCGAAGCAGACAUGUGAUGAGCUGAAAUCCUUCUAUGGUGCACGCGCAUCAAUCGAGGACGAAUACGCCCGUAAGCUCUUGAGCUUGUGUCGGAAAUCACUGGGGACGCACGAAACGGGUUCUCUCAAGACUUCUUUGGACACCGUCCGCGGAGAGGUGGAGUCCAUGGCAAAGCAGCACCAAAGCAUCGCUGCACAGAUGAAGACGGAGCUCGAGGAACCGUUGGCUGCGUUUUCUGGCGGCAUGAAGGAGCGACGAAAAAUUGUGCAGAACUCCAUCGAGAAGCUGCUGAAGACUAAGAUCCAACAAACUCAGCAAGUCAACAAGACUCGCGACAAAUUCGAGCAAGAAUGCCUCAAAAUCAAGGGCUAUCUGGCGCAGGGUCACAUGGUAAUGGGACAGGAGGAGCGUCGCAACAAGGCGAAGCUUGAGAAAACGCAGAUAAGCUUGGCCACAGCGAAUACUGAGUACGAAAAUGCCGUAAAAGCGCUCGAGGACACGACGGCGCGAUGGAACCGAGAAUGGAAAUCGGCUGCGGACAAAUUCCAGGACCUUGAAGAGGAGCGUCUCGACUUCACCAAAAGCAGCCUUUGGACGUUCGCGAAUAUCGCCUCUACGGUGUGCGUCAGCGACGACUCUUCAUGCGAGAAAAUACGUUUAUCGCUUGAGAAGAUAGAAGUCGAGAAGGACAUCGUUGGCUUCAUCACGGAAAGGGGUACUGGGCAGGAAAUACCUGACCCUCCCAAGUACAUCAACUUCUGCCGCGGGGAUGUCAAUGACAGCCAGUCGGAAGUAUCGGAAGACGAUAACUACUCGGUUGCUCAGUUUCCACGGAGCAUCAAUCCGGCUUUCCGUUCCUCGUCACCUCAGCCAUCGACCUUCGAAUCUCACCACGACCCCAAUUCUGCGUUGGCCAACAACUUGGCACACCGAGAGCCCGGGCAAUCGGCCAGUCGGGAAGCUACUGUCACUCCUCAAAAGGCUUCGUCGCAGCAACCACUCAAGAUGACCAUGGAUGAGCAGUACCCCGUUCAGGCGCCGCCCGCAACGCUGCAGUACGAUACUAGUCAGCAUGGCCCAUUAGCCGCUGUCCCACACGAUCCCUAUCCAAUGGACGGCAUGACGAUGCUCUGCCGCACUGGCCCACCUUCGGACCGAAGCUCCCAGCCGGCUUCUGCCCGGCCUUCAAGCCGAGAGUCACAUAGCGACUACUCCAAUCCGACAUCCUUCUCUAGUCAUGAGCCUCCUAGCGGGAAGACGUCGCCAUUGAAGCAGGAACAAACACCGACUUCAAGUCCGGAGAAGCGGGUGCUGAAGAAGAAGAGCGGCUUUUUCCAGAAUCACAGUCCUUUCCGGCGGAAGAGUACCAAAGAGCCGCACGCGCCUGUUCAGACCGGCCGACAUUCGCGAUUUGGCGGUAAUCAAAGCAAUCCCCAAAUGGAGCGCACGGCGAGCCCUGAACCUAUUGACGCGAAUGCCAGCCUUGCACUCGGUGUUGGCCAAAAUGUUCUCCCAGUCUCCACCGCAGACACUCAAAGACGGCCGGGCAGAGCGUCGGCAUCCGAAGUGGAUGAGAAUGACCCUAUCGCGGUCGCGCUUGCGGAGCUUAAGGGAGUCAACUUGGGCAAGCAAUCUUCCGUCAGGAUGUCUGCGGACCACUACCACGGCAUAGCAACUCCUGCACCCGGAGCUGAUAGAAUGGCACGCGUUGUACCCGGUCCCGGAAGCCAUGAUGCGGUGGCAGCCAGUCGGGGCACCCCUCCGCCAUCGUAUCAACAGCCGGCGCCGGUGUCACGCCUGGGAGUGCCACCACCCGCAGUGACCUCGAAGGCAAUGAAAGAGGCAUCCAAAAAGGUGGCAGACCAAACUCGAACCAUUUUUGGGAACGCGGGGAGGACAGAUGCGGGCAGCCGUGGAGCAUCACCAAGUUCCCGCCCAGGUACUCGCGGCCAUGACAUGCCACGGGCAGCUUCGCCGGCCCCAGCUCGCGGCGCGUCUCCCCAGCCAUUUGCGAAUGACUCGCGGGGCUCGGGCUACCGGUCUGCUUCUCCCAAUCCCUACGGCGGACAUCACCGACAGUCGUCCAAUAUGUCUCAGGGCCGACCCAACGACCAUGGAUACUACGGCUCUGCUUCUCCAGGCGGUUCAGCUCGCGGGGCGUCCCCAUCAGCUUACAGGCCACAAAGUAGUUAUGGGGGUGGUGGCGAUAUGGCCGUCCAGCUGGCGCCCGCAGGAAGCGACCCGUAUGGGUCUCAGCGAAGCAGAGGGUCUUCACGCUCUGACUCCCGUGCGAUGGGGCUGUACGAAGGCGGCUCCUCUCGGCCACGUAGUAAGAGUGUAGCAGAUCCGGCGCGGCAGUACUCCCGAGAUGGCCGGCCGAUACUGCAUUUUGCACGCGCUCUCUACAUGUACCAGGCGGCGAUUCCCGAGGAGUUAGGUUUCUCCAAGGGAGAUUACUUGGCUGUGUUCCGCCAUCAGGACGAUGGUUGGUGGGAGGCCGAAGUUCACGGCGGUAACGGCCGUGUUGGGCUGGUCCCAAGCAACUACUUACAACCAUGCUGAUUCCAGAGCAUGCAUGGUUCUGGCGGCUUUCCUUUUCUCUUUGUUGCGGGAAAGCGAUGGAAAUGAUGAGAACGAUCUUGUACAUGUCAUGUCAUUCUACGCCGCCGUCUUCACUAUCUUGCUUUUGCGUUGCUGUUGGAUCACGAGAGAGAAUGUAUCAAACGUUCGUUAAUGUAAAGAAUGAACAAACUAGUUACCUACUUACCUUAUUCAUACAACUCCAG